AACCUGAUAUAGCUAGGUACGUACGGGACAUGUUUGAAUCCAAAAAUAUCAAACAUCAAAGAGGUUUGAAAUACAUCUUUUACUUAUAGCUAGGUCGAAGUUGUUCAUAAAGGCAAUAUUCUAAAAAUAAAAAUAAAAUUGUCGACAAUAUACUAAAAUGAAUAAUACGUAUUUGUAUAAGAGCGAGGGGAUAAAGUUUUACGAUAUAAAAGGAAACAAUUUUAGUUCAAGAUUCCUUAAUGACAUUGGAUACAAUCAAAUGAAUUGCUUAUAUUAUCAAAUUUGGGGUCAAUAAACGCAGACAUAAACAUUUCACUUUUGUUCAUCCAAAACUUCUUUCAUCAAGCACGAAAAAAAACAAUAAUCUCAGAAAUCUAUAAGAUUAGGUUUGUCGUCUAAAACAUUAAAGGUGGAGAAAGAAAACUAAUAGUCGAAUAUCCAAAACUUAUAAGAACCAAUGGACGUUAACAACUUACCGAUAUAUAUUUUAAUAACUUACAUUAUUUACGGCAUUAUUCACGAAUGGUGGUCGGAAGAAACAACAGCGGUGGUGACCGGAGCAAACAAAGGUAUAGGCUUUGCGGUGGUGAAGAGGUUAUUAGAGCUUGGACUAACUGUCGUUUUAACCGCCCGAAACGCCGAAAAUGGAAUCCAAGCCGCCGAUUCCCUCCGCCUCACUGGCUUUAGAAACGUUCAUUUUGGCUGCCUCGACAUCUCCGAUCCUUCUUCCAUCGCGGCCUUCGCCUCCUGGUUCCGUCACAACUUCGGAGUACUCGACAUUCUGGUGAACAAUGCGGCCGUUUCAUUUAACGCGGUAGGCGAGAAUUUAAUCAAUGAGCCAGAGACAAUUAUCAAGACCAAUUUCUACGGUCCCAAGCUUUUAACCGAGGCGCUUUUGCCGUUGUUUCGGCGUUCCGUCUCCGUUAGCCGCAUCCUUAACAUGAGUUCAAGGCUUGGCACAUUAAAUAAACUGAGAAGCCCUAGUAUAAGACGAAUCCUAGAGAGUGAAGACCUUACCAAUGAACAAAUCGAUGCGACGGUGACUCAAUUUCUGCAGGACGUGAAAAGCGGGACUUGGGAGAAGCAAGGAUGGCCAGAGAACUGGCCAGACUACGCCAUCUCAAAGAUGGCCUUAAACGCGUACUCGAGGGUUUUGGCUCGACGUUACGACGGCAAAAAACUAAGUGUGAAUUGUUUAUGCCCUGGUUUCACUCGUACGUCUAUGACCGGUGGUCAGGGGACUCACACGGCGGAUGAGGCUGCUGCCACUGUAGCCAAGUUGGUUCUGAUUCCUCCGGAGAAGCUGACUUCCGGAAAGUUCUAUAUAUGCUUAGAGCCUAAGAAAAUUAUUGCCAAGUUGUGACUCAAUUAUAGCUUUCUUCACAUACACGCAUAAUUGUUAGACAAAUGAUAUGCUUCGUGGACCUGGGCCCAUUUUGAAUCAAUAGUAGGCCUUGUGGCCCAUUGAUAAAAAUAAUGAAAUUAGGGUUUCUUCUUCUUCCUCCGCAGCCGCUUCUGUUUCUUCUAUAUAAAUCAGUAAAGGCUUGGAUUUUUAACAAUCAAUCAUCUACAAGUUCGAUUCCAAGUCCUAGUUUCUUUUCUUGUCUUCCAUGGCUUUGUAGUGUUUUUUUUUAUUUAAUCGUGUAUGUAAGUGUUGUUUCCAAUUAAAUUUUAAGAACGCCAAUUAGCAGAGCAAUGACGUCAAAAUAAAAAUGGCGUAAGUUGCCUUGAAGGUUGGCAACAACAAAUAGCGAUUCUCCGUGCCUAUCAAGUUUUCUAAUCUUGAUUGUUGGCCUCGAACAAGUCGCUACAUUCUUUAUCUAAUCCAAAU